UACAACGUCGGCAACACGUCCGCGGCAGUGGCGGGACAUCGUUAUCUUAUUAUUUAUUUUUUUCUUAUCAGCCGCCGAUUAUUGUCAUAGUCAUCGUCGUCGUGCGAGCAGCGUGUGUCGGACGUCGAUGGUAGUGGCGGCGGCGGCGGCGGUCUCUGAUUUGUAUCGCAAUCUCACCACAUAGCGUCCAGCGCGCAACGGCGCAACAUUUCGCUCGUUAUUCCGCAUCGCCGCGUUAACUGUACGUACAACAAUUUUAAUAAUAAUAAUAAUUAUUAUAUUACAGCAAUCAUCUAAUUAUCAUAAUUAUAGUUAUUCGGUUCUAAUAAAACUGUGUUUUGUUUUUAUGUCGUAAAGCUGUUGUACCAGCAGCGGCAAUCGAACCACGACCGCGGACGUGAGUCGAUUUCUUUUUCAGUCUCUUUCGAUUCUUCCGCUCCCUCCUCGCCGUCCAGUUCGCACGCCGUUUGUCGGACGAUCAUCGGAGGCAGUCCACGCGGAAAACACUAAUUUUUGAUGCGCGAUUCCCGUCCGACGGUUUGUUGUCGUGUCGGUUGAUAUUUAACAAUUAAUUAUCCAACGCCAGUGCGAUCGUACACUAACCUACUGCGGUAGAAGUACUCCGCCUUACGACAAUCACAUAGCGUUCGAGUGUCACAGCAACAUAAAAAUAUCAUUCGCUGUGUACAAAAUAUAAGUGCAGUUCCAAUGGACAUUCAGUUCAAUAGUUAUGAGUACCAUAUGAUCAGGAAGUUUACUUCCAUGUGUUAUGGUAGUAAAUGUAAUCUUAUUGACAGGAUUAAAAUACGCAACAAGAUUAGUGUUUGGCAUGAAAUAUUGACAUACUUAUUAUCACCUGAUGGCAUCCUCAAAAUUUAUAAGGUUGAAUGUACACCGGGUGAGAAUAAUGACCUCGUGACAUCUGACUCGCUACCAAAUUAUGUGAUAAAACGAAAAUUAAAAGCUGUGAUACGAGGUAAUGAGGGUCAUAUGGUGAGCUCAAAUGUUCCAUUAAAUUUAGGUUAUCUAUUACUAGAUGAUCCACGUUACAUAGAAAAAACUAUAGAAAAUUAUCCAUUACGCUUACUGACAUUCUUGAAAAAUGAAUUAAACCAGUAUCGUAGAUCAUUAAAUAUUCCUUAUUCUACACCAUUAUCAAGGUAUCUACAAAGAUAUAAUAUUGUUGAAAUGUAUUUGGACAAUAUUUUAGAAAGUAUAGAUGACAGCAAGCUUCCAUUUGAGAUUUUUCAAUGUCAGAAUGUUAAAAUCUUAUCUCUCAAACAUAAUCAUUUACGUCAAAUACCAAGUGCAAUUGGUCGACUAACAAAGCUUGAAGUGCUUAUACUGACUGAUAACUUAUUAACUGUACAAUCAAUUCCUUUUACUCUAAAGUUUUGUGUUAAUCUGAAGGAACUAUAUGUUGACGAUAACCAACUUGAAGCAUUACCUGGAUUUUUAACAAGCAUGAAUCAUUUAGAAUUAGUUUAUAGACUGGGUAAUCGUAAUUACUUCAAGUCGUUUUUUUUGUGGUAUCACACUGAUUAUGAUCAUAGAGCUCGUAAAGAAAUAUGGAAAAAUUAUUGGAUAAGAGGGGAAACAGGUUCAAAACAAGCUGUUUCAUCUCUUUUAGACAUUUGUGUUGAACAAAUAUUUUCAAGUGGGAUUAAUUUUUUUAAUGAAGAAAUCCCAGAAUCCUUAAAACAUUAUAUGUCUUUAACUUACCUUAAUUACAAUAUAUGUAACUUCUGUAAUGUUGCAACAGACUGUUCAAAACCAGGUUAUAGUACAGUAACAUUUCUAACUCCUUAUCUAGGAAAUACCUGUGUUCCAUUUCAACACUGGGCAUGUUCAAAAGAGUGUGUUCUUGCUAUUGAAGGACCUGCGAAAAAGUUACAGCUUGAAGGAGCAGAGAGGCUGGAUCAUGAAUAUUCUCAUUACAUAGCAACUUCCAAUAAAACUGCUGAAAAGUCUAAUAAGAAACUAAAACGUAAUCAAUGUUGUAUAAGUUAAAUUCCUUAAUUAUUCGACAUGUUCAUAAAUAACAAAUAUGCAUUUUGUUAAUCAUUUGUAUGAGACUGAUUUAUAUUUUUAAUAUUUUAAUUGUGAUAGAGUGGCCAUUUCGGUCGCCAACUAUUUAAAAUAUAAUCUAAUAAACAAAUUUAAUUGUAAAUAUUUGUUAGGUAAGAUAAAUAAAAUUUGAUAUUUUUAAAGUUACAAGUAGAUUGAUUUUACUGGUUUCAUGAAAUAAAUGAUAUAAUAACAAAUAUGAAUUUAGUAAAAAUAAAAAUACUUGUAAAAAUAA